AUGACCGAGUCUCUUCGCCCCGGCUUGCAGCCGGUGUCUCACCUGAAGGCAGGGCCGACCACAUCAAGCUCCAGAUCAACCGCGCUGCCUUCUCCAACCAAACACUUCAUUUCACGACCUUCCUCACGACUUCGCAUGCAAAAGUCUUCCACUCGAGAUGAUCCACUUGAUACGACAAGCGAAAAGGCCACCCAAGCCCUGAUCCGACGCGUCCUUUGUCCUUCGACAAGCAGCCACGGCGCAUCUUCUCCACAGCCUUUGGAAGAGCUACUACCCCCUCUCACGAGCUCUAAUGACGUUGACCGUCAACUAUACGCCCUACUCGCUUUAAUAAUUAAGGACUUCGUCUACUCUUGGUAUUCGAAGAUCACCCCGGACCAAGCCUUCGUCAACGAGGUUCUACAUGUCGUUGCACACUGCACCCGAGCUCUGGAACAACGCCUGCGCCAAACUGAUGUUGCACAGCUGGCCUUGGAUGAAGUCCCGGCUUUGGUGGAAGCACAUAUACGUUCAUACAGAUUAGCCAAAAAGAACUCUGAUCUUUCCGGACUCUCAACGUCACAUCGUACACUUUACCACGAACUCAACCCUCACCCUGGCCUAUCGCCUGUCCCGGAUUCUCAUGAUCCUGAUACAAUCACCGCGCAGAGUGAAAAUGAAGCUGCGUACCGCAAGCUACUUGCCAGCGGCGUCUUAGCAGUCCUUCUGCCCACUGAAGAUCUAGAGAACAGCAGUCUGCGCACGCUGGUGGGGGACAUUCUUUCAGAUCUGAUACUGGGGAACCAAGUGUCCGGCAGAAUGUGCCAAGGGAUGUUCUUCUGGGAGGUCAUCACCAAACUUGCUACUCUAGCGAAAGAGCGUAAAGAGGGAGUCAAGAAAGCAGAAACCACGAGUGAUACUCCACCGAGUCAAUUAGAGCGAUUCGGCCUACUUGGAAAAGACGACUCGACAACCCAUCAGCCUUCCCAGUCGCAACUCACCGUCUGGAUAUGGAACAUUCUACAAAGCGUCUAUCUUGGUUACGUUGCGUUGCGUUUCAUUGCAACGGCCUUGUUCCGGGUCGCAUCGAAUCCCAGGCCGGAGCCCUCGCACGGAGCUGGUGUUUCAUUUCCCGCUGCAACGCCAGGCUCCAAGAAGGAGGGUGUCGAGUCGUCGUCAUACGGCAUCACAGGUAAGCGCCCGGUCGUCGACUACCGCCCUUUCUCGAUGGCAUCCACUCUACUUGACAUAUCGCAACGGAUGCCGUGGUUUUUUGGGCUACACCUGAUCCUGGCAGGACCCGGUAGAGUCGGUGACACGGACGGAAGGAGUACGUCCUACCCCCCCACUUUGUUGCCCAACCUUCUUCUCGCAUCAAGGUCAGCCCUCUUCCCGGCCAAUGCCCGCCCAUCAUCCCUGGGAGCGCCCGUGACCACUGGAGCCCUAGCUUCGACUCCGCAGAUAUCCGUGCAGUCUCCACCCAGUGGGAAAGCUCUUGCCAGUGCAACCAUUCUGGAAGAAGCCCGGGCCCCCGUGGGUGCUAGCGACGCAAGUGGUAAGAGUAGUACCGCAAGUAAUAGCAUCACCGGUGGCGGUGAUCAGCCGUCCCCGUUGUCAGAUCCAUCUCUUGAGACGAUCAGCUCCAAUGCCGCCCCGGGCUCGGAGCAAAGCUUCCGCUCCACGGAGAUCGCCUCUAUCAAGCGGCGAUGUGCAGCCAGCCUACUCGCCGUCAUCUCGCCCAGCGUCGCACGAACCUUUUUCGGCUUGGAUCCGAGCUGCGGCAGUGAUCGUACCUGCAGCGCCGCCACUGGAAUUUCGCCUUCCCUCACCAUGACCUCGCCCCCACCCUUAUCGAACGAAAAGGCCGUGGGCCACUCGGGAUCUUCAUUUCGAGCUGAACAGUCCCAGUCCACGUCGACGUCACAGCCUUCAGCUGCAGUAAUUUGCGGCAAUGGCGCUGAUGGGCGCGUGGCCGGAGUUGAUGCCGAAGUCGAUCCGGACGAGAGUACCUCCUUCAGACCAUCGAAAAUGAUCUACCAGAUCUGUGAGACCGUGCUGGCCAAGGUCCUUCCCGAAAUGGCAGAGCGCGGUGUUGCUGAGCUGAUGGAAGAUCGUGGGGUGGCCCCCGUACCUAGCGGUUUCUAA